UACUACAUACUAGUAUCUAAAUAAUAAUAUUAGGUGCCGGGUGGAAAUGAAUUUUGUUAUCUCUAAUUAGUAUUCGGUAUUUUCAAUUUUGGCAUUGGCGCAUUAUAAAAACUUCUGUUUCGUCUACUGUUAAUCUGUUAUAUCUUAUAUAGUUUAUAAGAUCUGUCAGACCAGACGUGUUAUUAGCUACUUUGAAAUUUGAAUAAUGUCUACGAUUUUUGCAGCCCGACAAUUUUCCACUUCGUCCGUUUGUAAUCACAUAAUGAAACUGACCCGUCUGCGUGUAGUUGACAACAGUACAAUUGGCAAGCAAGCGAUGGCUGAAGGUAAACCCCCGCGUUGCAUACACAUUUAUAAUAAGAAAGGUAUUGGCACAAUUGGUGACAAAAUAUUGGUUGCUAUCAAGGGUGAAAAAGUAAAAGCCAUCAUUGUAGGCUGCGUCAAGGAACAAAAACCCAAUAUUCCCAGGUUUGAUAGCAACAAUAUAGUAUUGAUUGACGAUAAUGGCACACCACUUGGAACUCGUAUUAAUGUCCCCAUUCCAAUUGUUCUCAGAACUAUAUUAAAAGAAAAAACUUUCUCAAAAGGAGCUGAUUACACUAAAUUGUUGGCUAUUGCUUCAAAUUUUGUUUAAAUAUUAGUGUUAAGUAUAUAUAUAUAUAUAAACUUAGUUGUAUAUUUUUCUAUGUUA